AUGGCUCACAGUGACGACGAUGAAGCUUCGGCAUCUCUCGACAUCUUCCGGGAACCUGCAGACUUUUUCCAGCCUGAGAAGCCACCAACCUUCGUCAGCUAUACCCUUCAGGAUGGAAAUGAGCUCAGGCUGAGGCUUGUUGGGCACAGUCCUCUUUGGGGUCACCUUCUUUGGAACGCUGGUCAAGUUGUUGCCACGUAUCUCGAGGACCAUGCUCGGCAGCUCGUGCAGAACAAAAGUAUUCUUGAGCUUGGGGCUGGCUCAGGUCUUCCUAGCUUGGUUGCUGCUCUCUUGGGCGCUCGAAAAGUAGUGGUGACAGACUACCCUGACCAGGAACUCGUAGACAAUCUCCGUUAUAAUAUUGAGCAUUGCUCGACACUGAACAACAAGUCCACAAUUGUAGCGGAGGGCUACCUGUGGGGAAGCGCGCCGGACUCCUUGAAAUCUCAUAUUAAUCCUGGUCCAGAAGGUUUCGACCUCCUUAUUCUUGCCGAUAUUCUCUUCAACCAUUCAGAGCAUACAAAACUGCUCCGGACAGUACGUGAAUGCUUGAAGAGAUCUUCAGAGUCGGUUGCUUUGGUCUUUUUCACACCGUACCGACCAUGGCUGCUGGAUAAAGACCUCGAUUUCUUUGAGCUCGCGCGCAAGGAUGGGUUUGUGGUCAAGAAGCUUUCGGAACAAAUCAUGGACAAGGUCAUGUUUGAGAACGACCCUGGAGACGAGCUUCUUCGCAGGACUGUCUUUGGCUACCAGAUGGAAUGGCAACUUUGA